UUUUUUUUUUGUUUGUUUUUUGUUUUGUUUUUUGUUUGUUUUUCUAUUAAAGGAAGUCGGGCAGACCCUUGAUAAGGUUUGUUUCUUCAACACUGCAUGCCCGGGGAGAGGAGAGGAGAGGAGAGGAGGAAUGCUGGGAAGGGGCACAGAAAGAAAGAGGGAAUAAUAGAGAGAGAGAGAUCCUUUCUCAGAAUGGACAUCAACACCUCUGCCAGCGCAAAAAACACUCGCAGCGACCUGGGAACCCGAACUAAACAAAGGAUUCCUGGGAGCUCCAUGGAAUUCUACUUCUCAGAAUGCUGUGACCGGAUUGCCGCCACGGAAUCAGACUUCAGCGAGUUCAGCGAUCCGGACAGUCAGCCCAUCGACCUUUCCACGAAGAAGAGGAGCCCAAAACUGGGCAGGCCCCGCUCCCCUCUUUGCAGCGCUGCACACCCCUCUGCACCCCAGGCAGCCCCAACGAGGGGCCCCCUGUGCCUCAGACUGACUCUGGAAAAGCGUGAAGGCAUCAGCUUGACGCCUCCUGCUGUGCAGGAGGAGGUAUUGCAGGCUCGGAGCAAGAGAGUCGACUCCCUGAUUUUAAACAACUCGCCUGGCAGCUGCGCAGAUAGCAGCAAUGGCUUAAGAAUCGUGAAACUGUACAAAGCCGAGAGGAAAGAUGGAGGAGUGGAAAGGGAUAACCAGAGCCUGUGUAUCACACGCUGGCUCAAAACUGAAGACCAGGAGGUUGAAAUGUUGGAAGGUCUGGGUCGUAAAGGUGGCAUGGCACAUUGCAUUAAGAAAGAGAGGGAGGAGGAGGAGGAGGGAGGAGGAGAGGGGCAGGCUGGGAGGAGCCCUUCCUCCUGUGAAUCAGGAGCGAGGGGACCGGGAGAGGGCGGGGGUCUGCUCCUGAUUGACGACAAGGGCAUCCCGUACACGGUCACGCUGGCGGGAGAGCGCGUCUCUGAUUCCGAAGUGCUGGACCACACCUCGAAUUCCACGAAACUAACUAAGAGCGCUGCCAGAACUCCGCUGAUCCGUGGGAAGUCCACCGUCAAGCGGGAGGGCUCGGGAAUCCCAACGGACGGCAGUGCCCCCAAACUCCCCAAGACCCCGAUAACCGAACCUUCGGUGAAACAGGAACCAGCUCCCGUCUCUCAGACAGCAACGGGCAGGACCCAGACCCCAGAGCCUCAGAUCCCCCCCAGGCGCGUGCUCUACUGCGAGGUCUGCUUCCGAGCCUUCUUCUACCUGUCCGACCUGGAGCGGCACAGCAUCACGCACUCGGAGAGCAAGCCCCACGCCUGCGCGCAGUGCGGGAAGCGCUUCAAACGGUCGAGCCACCUGGAGCGGCACAAGCACAUCCACACGGGCCAGCGCAACUUCGCCUGCGCGCUCUGCGGGAAGCGGUUCCGCGAGGCCGGGGAGCUGUUGCGGCACCAGCGGGUCCACACCGGAGAGAAGCCGUACCAGUGCGAGGGCUGCAGGAUGAGGUUCGCAGAGCGCAACACGCUGCGCAGGCACACCAAGCGCAAGCACGCCCGCGAGGGGCUGUACACGCAGGGGGCAGGGGCAGCGGACAAUAAGGACUGGUACUCCAGCUCUGGGCUGGGGGAGGAAGGGGGCGAAGAGGAGGAGGUGGGGUCUUGAAAGAGCAAGGAGUUGGCUUUUAAAGUUUUAAAAUGUUUCUCUCUGUUGAUUUGACGACAGCGUGCCCCCCUUCGUUGAUGGAUUUGUAAUAAGUUGUACAGCUGACCCUGUCUCUUAUAUCGGUUAAUAUGUCCAGUCGACCGUGUGUCUUCUAUCAGUUAGUGUGUCCAGUUGACCCAAGGUUUGUACUGUGGCAUUUCAGGUAGCUGCAGUAUGAAGGUAUUUGGGUACACAUACACUAGAAAUGCUGCUUGAAACCGAAUCAGAAUAAAAACGACAGCUCCCAGCAUGCCUCAGCACUAGCAGUUACAUUGAGGGGUGAUGGGAGCUGUAGUUCUUUAUACAGGCAGCUGUAAAGACAGGAUAAAAAGUACAGUUUUGCCUCAACAUCAUCAGUAAGAGUGGGGGAUGCUGGGAGCUGUAGUUCUUGACGCAGUGAGAGUUUCGGUGGCUGCAGUAUAAUAUGAUGAUUGGGUUUAUACUUUCCCCCUCAUAGACCCCAGUGUUAGAUAUUAGUCAGGCUGCUCUGUAGCCAGGGUUCAAGAGCAGGGCUACAGGAAAGAGCUGCAGAAUUGAGCAGCAGCCACACUUUGCUCAGAGUGUGGCUCUCACAAUGUCAGUGGCAAGCAUUCGAAACGUUUAAACCACAAGAGGACUCAUCACAUAGAGACAGGACUUGAAAACUACAAGUUCUGUAUAAACAGAUUAUCAAUCAAUCAAUCUAUUUUAUAUAGCGCCUUUCAUAGUGUACCACUGUCAUAAAGCACUUAAGAAGAUGCAGCAACAAGAAAAUCCAUAAUACUUCAAAUACAGAGAAAUGCAUCAUACAUGAGAUACUGUACAAACAAUGC